AUGGCAAACAGCAGAAAUUCCGCGCAACGUGUUGUAUGGGUAUGGAACUCGAGUCCUGAUCCUUGGACCGAAUCCACGGCAAGUCAGUGGACUCCGUACUCCGACGCAGAGAGUCUUAUUAUUGAAGAAGCAUUUUCGGCUAAGAAAUCAAUUGUAACAUUGGAUGACUAUUAUAUCGAUCUUGAAAAUGAACUUCAAAUUUCAACUACUGAUAUAGCCAAACAGAGGCCAAUUCAAAGAAUCAUACAAAAUAAUGAAGAGAGACGUUAUCGAGAAGAACGCUUUCUAUCUGACCCUAUUGCUCCGAAGCGUCUUACCGGUCCUGAAUACGAGUCGAUUUCACCUUUUAUAGUGGAAGCGAGAAGAAUUUUGAAUCUUAAACCAGAACAUUUUCCUUCAAGCGACACGCCGAGCAUUCCGAUGAUUGUUGAAAAAGCUGCUGCUGGCAUUAUUGAAGAAGGCCGGAGUAUAGGGAUGCCGUUGGAAGCAGAGAAAUUGGCUGAAAUCUUGUUGGAGAAAAAAAACAAGGGAAUAAAAGAAAUCUGGGCAUGUUGUGCUUAUUUGUAUUCUAUGGAAAGUUUUCUGUACAAAAAAUUGAAUGCAAUUAUGAGACAAAUAGGCAGUCACAAUUAUGAACAAGUUUGGCGAGAGAAAGUUCUUACAUUGGGACCAUUUUGCUUACUUCUUUGGGAUGGUCCAUUCGGUGUGACAGUCGAAACGAACAAAACGCUUUAUCGACCUGCCAAGUUGACGAGUGAACAACUCGAAACGUAUAGAAAUCUGGCUGAAAAUCCCAACGAAAGACGUUCAUUUCAAGCGUUCACUUCGUGCACUCGGAAUCGAAGUGUAGCAGAAUCCUUUCCGGGCACAAACGCUUUAUUCAUUAUCAAUUUACUGUCAGCAUUUUCAGUCGAUCUACAGCCUGUCUCGUUAUAUCCAGCAGAAGAAGAAGAACUUAUUAGUCCGGGCGUUUGGUUCGCCGUCGAAAGUGUCAGAGUCGAAAGAGGAAAGAAUAAAUUUCUGAUCAACUUGAAAUUAGACGACAAUCCGCCCAGCAACAACGAAGCCACUGCUGCAGAAAAUGUCAUAGCAGAUUACAAUGGCAAUUGCUCACUUUCCAUCACUGAUUUUCUUCCAGUAAACUAG